AUUCUUGCAACGGAUGUUGACCAAAAGUAUUGUCGUACUCAAAAUCUUCUUUUUUCUCAAGCCUCACUUGAAACUAAAGAAAACUCAUCAAGAUCUGUCGAUAACCCAUUAAUGAUGGAAACAAGAAAUUAAGUUUGUAUUGAAGUUACUGAGAAGAGUCGAUCAAAAUGGAUUAGGUGUGGGAGGACAGAAAGUAUUUUUCACCAAGAGUUGAUGGUGUGAGUCUACAGCACCCCUUUAAUAUGUGAAAAUGCUCAUGAGGUGUUUUGCUGUCACUUCAAAUGUUUGUUUUUCUGACACUCAGAGGUAAAUUGGACCUGACAGAUCACAUUCAGACAGCCAUGACACACUGCACUUUUUCAUGAUACAAGCGUUAAAUUGUUAUAUGUGUAAUUCUGUUUAAUUUUUUUUAGGUUUCAACUUGUUAAUAAUAUGUGUUAGAGUGACAGCUCGUAACAGUGACAGCUCAUAUUAUUUCACAUAAAAGUUAUAUAACAUUAAAACGUUUGUACUUUUUAAAAUUAAUUUGUCACCCCACAUUUUUAAAAGGCUAAAAUGUAAUUAAAAGUGUUGUAAACAGAAUAUAAAAUAAAACGUACACUUUCACAUCAACUCAUAAUUUUUGUCUAAAUGAAGGCCUUUGACCUCAAAUGAAAUGUUCAUAUCUUUUACGUGUUAUUUUCUUUGGAGAUACCAACUGUAGAAUUGAAAAUAAAAGGAAUAUUUUGAAAGACAUUGUUCCUGCCAAUUUAAGGGUUUAAUUAAUGAAAGGAAUCAUAAUAUGUUUUAUAGAUUUAUGCUGGCAGGUCCAAGGGUUAGAGUUAGGCUCUGCAAGGCUGGUGGGAUUUAAUUAAUUUAUUUUUAUAAUCCAAAUUUUUGUUUCUUAAUGAAAAAGUAUGUAGGAUUAUUUUAAAAUUAAACUACAUAUUUAUGCAUUUAUUAAUCAAUAGGCCUAUAUUAUUUAUUUAUUUUUCUAUUUCAUUUUAUGUAUUGUGGGAACACUACAAAAUUUGUUUACAUGUCUCCCUCAACUUCCAUUUUAGUUUUAUGUGUCAAAUAGACCCCAGUUAUCCUCGCUGUUUCUUUGAAUUGUGGUUUUAUUUUUCCCGGAGAGGGCAGAGGAACAUACAAGAAAAUAAAAAGUUAAAAAGCUCUCCACACACAAGUGAAGAAUUUAAUCAGGCAUAAUGACAGAAGAUUCUUCUGCUGACAUGGAUUUCUCUGGAGCUUUGCAGAGACUGGGAAAACUUGACCCAAUUGAAGCUGUUGCAAAGGCUAAAGAACAACUUGAAACUCUUGACAGUGUGACUGUAAAUAUUGCGGUUACUGGGGAAACAGGAGCGGGCAAGUCUGCCUUUGUUAAUGCUUUUCGAGGUCUGGAUGAUGAUGAUGAAAAUUCUGCUCCAACUGGAAUAACUGAAACAACAAUGGAGGUUACCAUGUACACCCAUCCCACAAAGUCAAAUGUGAGACUAUGGGACCUGCCAGGGAUUGGUAUGCCAAAUCUCAAUGCAAACAAAUACCUCAAAGAAGUCAAAUUUGAGACUUACGAUUUAUUUAUUAUCAUUUCAUCAGAGCGGUUCAAGGAAAAUGAUAUCUUUCUAGCCAAAGAGAUUAAAAAAAAGCAGAAGUGUUUUUAUUUUGUCCGGACCAAGAUUGAUAAUGACAUUCACUCAGCUGCAAAGAACAAAAAUUUCAAUGAGCAGCAGGUACUUUGUGCAAUUAGAGAGGACUGCCAGAGAAACUUGAAGGACGUUGGAAAUCCCAAGGUGUUUUUGAUAUCCUCUUUUGACUUGGGAAAAUAUGACUUCCAAAACCUGGUAGAUACCUUAGAGUUAGACCUUUCAGAACACAAGAGAUUUGCUCUGGUUCAGUCUUUGCCUGUGUGCUCUCUGGCCAUGCUAGAGAAGAAAAAGGAGUCUAUAGAGAAGUUUAUUUGGCUUGCAGCAUUGGCCUCAGGCUUUGCUACCUAUAUCCCAGUCCCAUUUGUGUCAGUGGCUUUUGACAAGGCAGUACUGGUGACCUUCCUUAUAAGCUGCCAUUACACUUUGGGAUUGAAUGAGAAUUCACUCAUCAAACUGUCAGAGAGGGUAAACAAGCCUGUCUCACAGCUGAAAUCAGCAAUAAAGUCUCCUUUUGCAUUAGCUGUUGCAAACAUACUGGGGGUUCCAACUUGUACAUCUAAAGCAAAACCAUUAAAAAGCUUAGACGAACUGCUUGACAGUAAACGUCUUGUGGAAGGGCUUCAUGAUGCUGCGGCAGCCUUCAAAACUGCAUACACUGCAUUAAGCGGAGGUCUAAAUGAAAUGAUAGAUGAUAUGAAAGAAGUUCUCCAUGUGGCAGGAUUGCAAUAAUAAAAGCAAGCUGGUACAGCAAAGAGAUGAUUACCAAAACCAAGAAUUAGCUAAUCAGAACUGAGUUUAUUGUCUGAGUUUAUAGAGCAUACGUUUGCACAUAUGAGGAAUUUGCAUUGGUGAGACAACAAAUCUACUCAAUUAAGAAAACGGGUUGGAAAGAGAAAGUUAUAUUAAAUAGUGUCCAGUAGUGUUCUUUAUAUCUCUGCGUGGUGCAUGGUAAAUUAAAUUGAAUAGAUAAUAUAUAGCAUAUUAACAAUAAGAAAAUUGGUAUUAUGACAACUUUACUGUCCACUGGAAUUAGCCUUUGUGAUAGUUUGAAUUUUAUGUCUAAUUAUUUUAUUGUACAAUCCUUGGAGUAAUAACAUCACCGAAUGUUUAACUUGAUUUACAAUGAAUACAAAGACUACAGUCUAAGAGACAGGAUACUACUGUAUAUACUUUCUAUGUAUUUUCAAAUGCAUUUUAAUUUAUGAUAUAAAUGUAUUUAAAUGUAUUUGUUUUAUAAUAUGGUUAAUGAUAUUAGACUUGGUGACUUGGUAAACAUGGGUGUGAGCAUGAGAAGCCCUUGUAAAAAAUAAAUAUUAAACUUUAAAAACAAAAAUAAAAAGCGUAUCCCACCUUUGUUUCACCAAAAGCAACAAAGUCAAGAUUAAGCACAGGAGUGACUCAAAAUGACUCAUACAGACUUGAAAGCAUGUCCUUAGAAAUAGGCCCAAACCUUUUGUUCAUGAGCUGACAUUUUGUCAGUUUUAUCAUCACAUUUACUGUAUAAUGUAUGAAGCAGCUGAUUGAAAUAUAAGGUGUGUCUAAAAUAUUGAGGUGUCACAGUAAUAUAGCCCAAUUCUUAUAACUGACACUUGGUAUGUUGUCAUAAAGUAUUUAUUUGUGUGCUGUUACCCAUGACAACAUGUUGCGUGUGAUGGGACAUAACCCAAAAACUGCACAUACUGUAUGAUUUUUUUAAAUCUAAAUGUUUUUGUCUAAGUACUAUGUUAUAGUGUAACACACCUACUGCCCCUGACCAACAUUUAGUAAUUAUAAUAAUAAUGAAUUUGUAAUAGUCUUAAAGCAGGUAAGACAUGUUGUUUUAUUUGUUUAAUCAUACUUUUAAUUAUUUUAGACAUUUUACUGUUUCGUUGAAAAUCUGGAGUCAGGCAUAUGUUUUAUGUAUUUAUUAGAGACCAUUUUGGACCUCCUGUGAUAGUAAUUAAAGCCCUGUAUGUUUGAACCAGAAAUGUAGAACUUCAACUUAAAAAAUGUGUUGUUUUGCAAUUAUUUUGAUGUAUUUU